AUGUAUAGCUUCUUGGAGGUAAAAAGUUCUUUUGUGGACUUAGAGGUUAGUGAGUCGAUAAAAAGUGGAUUGUGCAGUACGAGUCGGGUGAAGAGGCCUAUGAAUGCUUUUAUGGUAUGGUCAAGGAGUCAGCGGCGCAAAGUUGCCCUGGAAAAGCCCAAAAUGCACGACUCGGAAAUCAGUAAACAUUUAGGGUUUACUUGGAAGCUGCUGUCAGACAACGAGAAGCAACCGUUCGUUGAUGAGGCCAAACGGUUGCGCGCUAAACACAGGGAACAGUAUCCGGAUUAUAAAUACCAGCCCCGUCGGAAAUCUGGGGAAAAGUUUCCCAAGAAUCACUUGAGAAACGAUUCACUGAUACACAAACAGCACGAACACCUAACACAGAUCUAUGAAAAUACAACGUUGGUUCCUGAAAUCUCCAAUUUCAACUAUGCACAGCAGUCCUGCGCUGUAACUCCAGCCACGUGCCUGGACAACUGGAUUAAUACAAAUCUACCUGAACAAGAAAACAUAGAAAUUUGGCAGAGUAGCUGUUUUCAGAAUUCCUGUACUGCGGUAAAUAAUACUAACUCAUAUAUGAAACUCGAAACUGCUGAGAAUUCCUAAAGUUG